AAGUGAUGCACAAUAUAAUUGCUCAACAUUUGUUGACAGUUACCCAGCCUGACCUGAGCAGUGAUCUGGGCCUUCCGAGUAACUCCUCCCAGUCUAUAUACUGGACAUGAUGUACUAUGAAAGGUAAAAUGGAAGGUGAGGCAGUUGAAGCUAUCGUGGAGGAGUCGGAAACUUUUAUUAAAGGGAAAGAGAGAAAAACCUAUCAAAGACGCCGUGAAGGUGGGCAGGAGGACGAUGGCUGUCACAUACCACCAGACCAAGCAGAUGGGGGUGAAGUAGUGCAGGAUGUUAACAGUGGUAUGCAGAUGGUGAUGAUGGAGCAGUUGGAUCCAGCUCUUCUUCAAAUGAAGACUGAAGUAAUGGAAGGCACAGUGCCUCAUGAAACGGAGGCUACAGUGGAUGACACACAGAUCAUUACACUUCAGGUUGUUAAUAUGGAAGAGCAGCCUAUAAACCUUGGUGAGCUUCAACUGGUCCAAGUACCUGUACCGGUGACUGUACCUGUUGCCACCACAUCUGUGGAAGAACUUCAGGGAGCUUAUGAAAAUGAAACCUCCAAAGGAGGCCUGCAAGAGGGAGAGCCCAUGAUAUGUCACACCCUCCCUUUACCAGAAGGCUUCCAAGUAGUGAAAGUGGGUGCAAAUGGUGAGGUGGAGACACUGGAACAAGGUGAACUUCAGCCACAGGAAGAUCCUAAUUGGCAAAAAGAUCCAGACUAUCAGCCACCAGCCAAAAAAACAAAGAAAACCAAAAAGAGUAAGCUUCGCUACACUGAGGAAGGCAAAGAUGUGGAUGUCUCGGUGUAUGACUUUGAAGAGGAGCAGCAGGAGGGUUUGUUGUCUGAGGUGAAUGCAGAAAAGGUGGUGGGCAAUAUGAAGCCACCUAAGCCAACAAAAAUUAAAAAGAAAGGUGUAAAAAAAACAUUCCAGUGUGAACUGUGCAGUUACACUUGUCCACGUCGUUCCAACUUGGACCGCCACAUGAAAAGCCACACUGAUGAAAGACCACAUAAGUGCCAUCUCUGUGGCAGGGCUUUCCGGACAGUCACAUUGCUGAGGAACCACCUCAACACUCACACAGGUACUCGCCCUCACAAGUGCCCGGACUGUGACAUGGCCUUUGUGACCAGUGGAGAACUGGUUCGGCAUCGCCGCUACAAACAUACCCAUGAGAAACCAUUCAAAUGUUCAAUGUGUGAUUAUGCUAGUGUGGAGGUUAGCAAAUUGAAACGCCACAUCCGUUCUCACACUGGAGAGCGUCCGUUCCAGUGCAGCUUGUGCAGCUAUGCCAGCAGGGAUACCUACAAACUGAAGAGGCACAUGAGGACCCACUCUGGAGAGAAGCCAUAUGAAUGUUACAUCUGCCAUGCUCGCUUCACUCAGAGUGGGACCAUGAAGAUGCACAUUUUGCAGAAGCACACAGAGAAUGUGGCCAAAUUUCACUGUCCUCACUGUGAUACUGUUAUAGCAAGAAAGAGUGACUUGGGUGUCCACUUGCGGAAGCAGCAUUCCUACAUUGAGCAGGGCAAAAAGUGUCGCUACUGUGAUGCCGUGUUCCAUGAGCGGUAUGCCCUCAUACAGCAUCAGAAGUCUCACAAGAAUGAGAAGCGCUUCAAGUGUGACCAGUGUGAUUAUGCAUGCAGACAGGAGCGGCACAUGGUCAUGCACAAACGGACCCAUACUGGAGAAAAACCUUAUGCCUGUAGCCACUGUGAUAAAACCUUCCGUCAGAAACAGCUCCUCGAUAUGCACUUCAAACGAUACCAUGAUCCCAACUUUGUCCCUGCUGCCUUUGUCUGUUCCAAGUGUGGCAAAACAUUCACUCGCAGGAACACAAUGGCCAGACAUGCUGAUAACUGCUCUGGCCUAGAUGGUGGGGAAGGAGAGAAUGGAGGAGAAACAAAGAAGGGCAAACGUGGCCGAAAGAGAAAGAUGCGGUCUAAGAAAGAAGACUCCUCUGACAGUGAGGAGAAUGCUGAACCAGAUUUGGAUGAUAAUGAAGAUGAGGAGGAGACAGCAGUAGAAAUUGAGGCUGAACCACAAGUUGAGCAAGAGGCUCCUGCACCACCUCCUAGUAAGAAACGAAGAGGAAGACCACCAGGCAAAGCUACCACCCAACCAAAACAAUCCCAGCCUGCAGCAAUCAUUCAAGUUGAAGACCAGAACACUGGUGAAAUUGAAAAUAUUAUAGUUGAAGUAAAGAAAGAACCUGGUAUGGAAAUAGUAGAGGAAGAGGAGGAAGCUCAGCCUGCUGUAGUGGAAGCUCCCAAUGGAGACAUCACUCCUGAGAUGAUUCUCAGCAUGAUGGACCGGUGAUGGAGGAAGACCACAUUGGCUGACUGAACUGGCCUGGGCUGUGUUUAAGCGGCUCAAAUCUAUUUUUUCCUUUUAUCUUUUUUUUGGCUUUGGGAAAUGCAUCAUUUUAGACCACUUUACCAAAUAUACUGGGAAAUAAAAAGUUCAAUGAUGUUAGAAUGUGAUUUAACUAGAACUUGUUUUUUUGUUAUCAUUACAGGAUCAUGGAAUGUUAGGAAAUACUUUGGAGUCCUUGAGGGUUUCCUGUGAGAUACUUGAUUUAGGUUUGUUCUGAACUACAUUGUAAAGCUGGUCCAAAGGCUGUGGUUACACGUACCAAGUUUUAAUACACAAAAGCAGAAGCCUUGACUCAAGUAUGUGGUAAACCGCUCUGGAUUUGUCAGAGUUAUAGACUUCUUAAAUGUUUUUUGCUUUUCCCCAAGUCGGCUGCACACAGUAAUUUUGGCAUGCUCCAACUGGUUUCUAUCCUUACUAUGCUUUGCUUUCUGCAAAGCAUUUCUGUAAUAGUCAAGCUUGUAAAUAACUUUUUUUUUCUUACAUUUUAAUCUUUUUCCAUUAAGUGGUAUGCAAAAAUGUGGUUUAAAUAAACCCCAGUAUUUUAAUUCAAAUUAAGUGAAGAGAAGUUGAUAGGGUGUAAAUGUUUGAAAAGCUGUUGAUAACCAGUUGUGUAGAGAAGAGACAUACCCAGAUUAUUGCUUGCAGAACAAGAGAAACCCCACACCUGAAAUAUGUCUUUGAAGCACACAAAAAUGGCAUUUGGAACAUGUAUAAUUAACAUUUUUGAGUUCUAAUUUCAUUACUAUAUUUUCUUUGCUCUAUCUUGUAUUUUGUGUUUAUGAAUCCUAUGUUAAGGCAGAAGUGGUGAUUUCUAAGUGGGUCACUGCAGCCCUCCAAACUUGGGCCAGGAAAUUUUAAUAGGUCAGUAAUUCCAUAAUUUUGGAUCUCUUGAUAAAGACAGAGGAAUAAUGUGAAAUACAAAUUAUGCCUGUAUAUGAACCAUCACAUGUUAAAAUAUGUAAGCUUUUUAUAGAGCCUAAGUCUUGCUGAUUUCAAACAUUUUUCUUUUAUGUAUUGCUUUUAAGAGAGCUAUCAGUUUAGCUGUCAGACUCUAGGUUGAUGCAUUUUUGUACUUAGCUGUACUGUGUGGUAUUUUUCAUUAUUUUAGGAAGCUAACAUGGGGAAUAAAAUAGUUAUAAAAUAUGUAAUGGGGUUUGAAAGCUGGGAAGGAGAAUAUACUGCUGUACAGCUAAUAAAUAAUAGUAGAUUAACAUG